AUGGUGCUGCCUUCGGCAUGGCUGGACCAGAUGUUCUAUCCCCUGGUGCUCUUGGUGUCCGCGCUGUGGCUGUCAGAGCUGGUGUCACAAUGGAAAGCCUGCCAGCGGAGGAAGCCUUCAGCUGCUGCUGGCAAGACUGGCAAGACGCGCCCUGAGCCCUCGGACGUGGCGUCGACGUCCGCAGGUCCCUCGCCACACAGCGCCAGCUCGCCGACCUUCAGUGAGAGCUCCAAGGAGGAGGAUGCUUGGGAUGACUCCUCCAGCCUUUGCGAACUGGGCCCAUUUGCCUGGUGCUGGGCGGGGAGGCAGCCGGAUCUCAACGACGAGCUGCAGCGCACUGACCGGGAGAUCAUAGAGAUGAAGUUCGGCUACCCCAGGAGUGAGAUUUACAGUCUGGACUUCUAUCCCAUCAACGAGGACAUCAAAGCGCUAGUCGAGGUUGCAGUGCGCGACGCGUCGAAGCGACAGGAUGUGGAGCAAAAGCUGCGGCAGUUUCGGCGGCUCUCUGAGGAUCUGCCGGGCUCUGGUUGGGUGCAGCCCAAAGACCCUCGCGUCUUGCUGAGGUUCCUCCUGGCACGGCAGUGCAACGUGGAGCGCGCCUUCCAGAUGCUUCAGUCCGUGCUCACCUGGCGGCAGCAAAACGGUGCUGCCAACGCCCUCCCUCUGUGGAACAAGGUGAAGCACGAGAGGUUUGACUUCUACUGGAAGUCUUUUGGUUGUACCGGCCUCGACCGCGACGGAGAUCCGGUGGUCUUCGAGAGGGUUGGGCAGCUGGACGUGCCCGGCCUCGUGAAGUGCCAUCCGGAUUUUAUCCGGCAACACUGCAUCUACAAUGCCGAGUGUGUCUUCUCCAGCUUGGAGAUACUGAGACGGCGGUGCCUCAAGCAGGAUAGCCACCGUGGCUUCCAAUGCACAGUGGUUGUCGACAUGACAGGGCUCAACCUCUCGUUCAUGGAUCGACAUGCUCUCACACUGUGCCAACUGGUGUCACGCGUGGAGGCCGACAACUACCCUGAAGCACUGAAGCGGGUUAUUGUGGUCCGUGCGCCCUGGAUCUUCCCUGCGAUCUGGCAGAUUUGCAAGCCUUUCUUCGAUAAGGGCACGCUGGAGAAAGUGAGCAUCGUAAAGGAGAGCGAGAUGACAGAAGUUUUGCUGAGACACAUCCCUGUGGAGAAUGUGCCAAAGGCACUCGGCGGGAGGCUGGUCUCUGGCAGAGGCGAUGACUACUGCUCCACCAUCAUUGCUCCAGGUGGAAAGAUUCCUGAGGACAUCAUCGCCAUGACCCAUUCGACAUAA